AAAUCUCUACGUGUAGAGAGACGAAGGCCCACGAGGUAACAGCUUAUAGAGAGAGAGAGAGAGAGAGAGAGAGAGAGAGAAAGAGAGGGGAUUUCAAAAGUUUUUAUAGAGAGAGGUGUGUACAUAAGCCUUCACAAUAAACUGGUUCAGAGAGAGAGAGAGAGGGUUCGUAGUGGACGCUCGGUGAUUCUGAGGAAUUCGAACGUUGUUUUGGUUUGUUCAAAGUAUUAGCUGAUUUUCGUUUUCUCUGCAAUCUGCAUUGGUUCUUUUCUCGAUGAGCUGAAGAUCAGAGCCCUGUUUUGCUACUUUCGAAUUUCAAUGGCUGCCCCAGAUAAUAUAAUUGUAGGCUCUCAUGUGUGGGUUGAAGAUCCUGUUUUGGCAUGGAUUGAUGGUGAAGUAACCCAGAUCAAAGGCCGUGAGGUUCACGUUAAUACAACAAAUGGAAAAACGGUUGUAACGAGUAUUCUGAAAGUUUUUCCCAAGGACACUGAAGCUCCACAGGGAGGUGUCGAUGACAUGACAAAGCUGUCUUAUUUGCAUGAACCUGGCGUUUUGCAAAACUUGGCCACUAGAUAUGAACUCAAUGAAAUAUAUACAUACACUGGUAAUAUCUUGAUCGCAAUUAAUCCAUUUCAAAGAUUGCCUCAUCUGUAUGAUACUCACAUGAUGGAACAAUAUAAGGGAGCUGCAUUUGGGGAGCUAAGCCCUCAUGUUUUUGCUGUUGGUGAUGCUGCAUACAGGGCGAUGGUUAAUGAAGGAAAAAACAAUUCAAUUCUGGUUAGCGGAGAGAGUGGUGCUGGUAAAACUGAGACAACUAAAAUGCUAAUGAGGUAUCUUGCAUUCUUGGGUGGAAGAUCCGGAGUUGAAGGAAGAACUGUGGAACAACAAGUUCUGGAGUCCAACCCUGUUCUCGAAGCCUUUGGCAAUGCGAAAACAGUUAGGAACAACAACUCAAGUCGUUUUGGUAAAUUUGUUGAAAUACAAUUUGACAAGAAUGGAAGGAUAUCUGGGGCAGCAAUUAGAACUUAUCUGCUUGAAAGGUCUCGUGUUUGUCAAAUAUCUGAUCCAGAGAGGAACUAUCAUUGCUUUUACCUUCUUUGUGCUGCACCAUCAGAGGACAUUGAGAAAUAUAAAUUGGGGAAGCCUCAAUCCUAUCAUUAUUUGAAUCAAUCAAAUUGUUACAAAUUAGAUGGUGUAAAUGAUGCACAUGAAUAUCUUGCAACCAGAAGAGCGAUGGAUAUAGUUGGAAUUAGCGACCAAGAGCAGGAGGCAAUUUUCAGGGUUGUUGCUGCAAUUCUUCAUCUUGGUAAUGUUAAUUUUUCAAAAGGAAAAGAGAUAGAUUCCUCAGUCAUCAAGGACGAGAAAUCAAGAUUCCAUCUCAAUAUGACAGCAGAACUUCUUAGGUGUGAUUCCCAAAGCCUGGAAGAUGCCCUCAUUAAACGUGUGAUGGUCACACCUGAGGAGGUUAUCACAAGAACCCUUGAUCCUGAAAAUGCAGUUGCUAGCAGGGAUGCUCUGGCCAAGACAAUAUAUUCUUGUUUAUUUGACUGGCUCGUGGACAAAAUUAACAUCUCAAUUGGACAAGAUCCAAACUCAAAAUCCAUCAUUGGAGUACUUGAUAUCUAUGGUUUUGAAAGUUUUAAGUGCAACAGUCGUACUGAUUUUUCUAUAGCACACUAUGCAGGAGAGGUAACUUAUCAAGCCAAUCAGUCUGACAAAAAUAAAGACUAUGUUGUCGCCGAACAUCAGGCUCUCUUGACUGCCUCAAAAUGCUCCUUUGUGUCAAGUCUCUUUCCCCCACUUCCUGAAGAAUCAUCGAAGUCGUCUAAAUUUUCUUCUAUUGGGUCGCGAUUUAAGUUACAACUUCAAUCUCUGAUGGAGACAUUGAGUGAUACAAAACCUCACUACAUCAGAUGUGUGAAGCCAAAUAAUGUUCUAAAACCUGCCAUUUUUGAGAACUUCAACAUCAUUCAGCAACUGCGUUGUGGAGGCGUUCUUGAAGCAAUUAGGAUCAGCUGUGCUGGAUAUCCUACCAGACGGACUUUCUAUGAUUUUCUUAGCCGUUUCGGUCUACUUGCUCCAGAUCUCUUGGAAGGAAACUACGAUGAUACGGUUGCAACUCAGAUGAUUCUUGAUAAUAGGGGACUGAAAGGGUACCAGAUUGGAAAGACAAAGGUUUUCUUGAGAGCAGGUCAAAUGGCUGAGUUGGACGCUAGGAGGGCAGAGGUGCUUGGAAAUGCAGCCAGAACAAUUCAACGGCAAAUCCAUACAUACUUUGCUCGCAAGUUGUUUAUCUCGUUACGCAAGGCUGCAAUUACGCUACAAUCUCAUCUACGAGGUGAAAUGGCACGGAAAGUGUAUGAGCAGUUGCAGUGUGAAACAGCAGCCCUAAAGAUCCAGAAGAAUUUCCGCCAGUAUAUUGUCAGGAAAUCCUAUUUGCUAGUAAUGUCAUCUGCAAUUAUAUUGCAGACAAGCUUGAGGGCAAUGACUGCACGAAAUGAAUUUAUGUUCAGGAAGCAAACUAAAGCUGCCGUCAUUAUCCAGGCUUACUGGCGUUGUCACAAAGCUUAUGUUUACUAUAGGAGUCUUCAGAAGGCAAUAAUAGUCUCUCAAUGUGGCUGGAGAUCCAGAGUUGCUAGAAGAGAGCUUAGAAAGCUUAAAAUGGCUGCAAGGGAAACUGGGGCUCUUAAAGAAGCCAAGGAUAAGCUUGAAAAGCGUGUUGAGGAACUUACAUGGCGAUUGCAGUUUGAAAAACGAUUAAGGAUUGAUCUUGAAGAGGCAAAAGCCCUAGAAAUUGUUAAGUUGCAGGAUGCAUUGCAUGUGAUGCAAUUACAAGUCCAAGAAGCUAGUGCUAUGGUUCUCAAAGAACGAGAGGCGGCUAGAAAAGCAAUUGAAGAAGCACCUCCAGUCAUCAAAGAAAUCCCUGUGAUUGUUCAAGAUACAGAAAAGAUCAAUUCAUUAACAAAUGAAAUGGAAAGGCUGAAGGCUGUUCUCCUAUCAGAAAUCCAAAAAGGAGAGGAGACAAAGCAGGCUUACGCUGAUGCUCAGGUCCAGAACAGGGAAUUGGCUAGGAAGCUUGAAGAAGCAGAGAAGAAAGCUGAUCAACUUCAAGACUCUGUAGAGAGGCUAGAAGAGAAAGUUUCUAAUUUGGAAUCCGAGAAUCAGGUAAUCCGUCAACAAGCACUUGCCAUAUCACCAACUCGCAGCGCUUUAACUGCAAGACCAAAGACAACAAUUAUUCAGAGAAUCCCAGAGAAUGGAAAUAUUCUGAAUGAAGAUAUAAAGAAAGUAUUGGUAUGGGUAACAUAUUGCUUCUAGCACAUCAUAUUUUCAUAAAAAAGAAAAGAAUGCAGCCAUUUGUUGCACUUUUCUGAAUACUUGUUGUGUAUUCCUCAGGAACAAGAAACCGAGAAUAAGGCCCAGAAAUCUCUUAAUGAGAAGCAGCAGGAGAAUCAAGAGCUGCUACUCAAGUGCGUUUCACAAGAUUUAGGAUUCUCUGGGGGCAAGCCCGUUGCUGCGUGCCUGAUAUACAAAUGUCUUCUACACUGGAGAUCAUUUGAAGUUGAAAGAACUAAUAUUUUUGAUCGUGUAGUUCAAACAAUAGGUGCUGCAAUUGAGGUCCAGGAUAAUAAUGAUGCAUUAUCCUACUGGUUAUCAAAUUUAUCCACAUUACUGGUGUUACUUCAACGUACACUUAAAGCUAGUGGAACCACAAGCUUAACUCCACAAAGGCGAAGGUCAACAUCAGCUUCUUUGUUUGGAAGAAUGUCUCAGGGGCUUCGAGCUUCUCCUCAGAGUACUGGGUUCUCGUUUCUCAGCGGGCGUAUGCUUGGUGGACUGGAUGACCUAAGGCAAGUUGAGGCCAAAUAUCCAGCUUUGCUUUUCAAGCAGCAACUCACAGCUUUCCUUGAGAAAAUAUAUGGAAUGAUAAGAGACAAUUUGAAAAAGGAGAUAUCUCCAUUGCUUGGAUUGUGCAUCCAGGCUCCUAGGACUUCCCGUGCUGGUUUAGUAAAGGGACGUUCUCAUGCUAAUUCAACAGCUCAGCAAGCUCUAAUUGCUCAUUGGCAAAGCAUUGUGCAAUCCCUAAAUAAUUGCUUGAAGAUAAUGAGAGCCAACUUUGUUCCUUCAUUCCUAGUUCGUAAGAUGUACAGUCAGAUAUUUUCAUUUAUCAAUGUUCAGUUGUUUAAUAGCCUCCUUUUGCGGCGUGAAUGUUGCUCAUUUAGCAAUGGGGAGUAUGUAAAAGCUGGGCUUGCUGAAUUGGAACAAUGGUGCCAUGAUGCAACUGAAGAGUUUGCAGGCUCAGCCUGGGAUGAGUUAAAGCAUAUUAGGCAGGCAGUUGGUUUCCUGGUCAUACACCAGAAGCCUAAGAAGACCUUGAGAGAGAUAACAAAUUAUCUUUGCCCUGUGCUCAGCAUACAACAACUCUACAGGAUCAGUACAAUGUACUGGGAUGAUAAAUAUGGCACGCAUAGUGUAUCUGCUGAUGUGAUUUCAGCUAUGAGAGUUAUGAUGACAGAAAAUACAAACAAUGCAGUAAGCACUUCAUUUUUGUUGGAUGAUGAUUCAAGCAUUCCGUUUUCAUUGGAUGAUGUCUCCAAGUCAAUGGAACCACUGGAGGUAAUUGAUAUCGAUCCUCCGCCAUUGAUCCGCGAAAACUCAGGUUUUAUAUUCUUAUUACAGCGCUCAGAAUGAGAACAAGAGGAUGAAUGUUAGCAUCAUUUGUUGCAAUCCAUCUCCAAUCUUUGCCCCUCCAAGAUGGAUAUUCUGCAAUACUUGUGCGUGUAUAUGUCAAUUGUGCUACCUCACUUUGUACUUAUAAUUUGCAUACAAUCCUAGGAUUGGGAAUAAGUAAUUGUGGUGGUUGGUGGUUUAGAUUUAUCUAUGAUUCUAGUUUCUAUAAUGUCUCGGGGAAGGAGUAUUAGGGCCAUGUAAUUCUCCAUCCUCUUAGUUAAAUUAUUUACAGGUGCAGCCUUAUUCGCUAGGCUCAUAGAGGUUAUAUUGUAAAGAAGAAGUUUGGUAUAGUGAUCCAUGAUGAAGUUCAAAUAUUUGUGCA